CCUCUGCGGCGGUCGAGCCGCUGCUGUCCUGUUAUUUAUUUAUUUUUGAUAAUUUUGGAAUUUUAGCUGCAAUUUGUCUAUUUCGUUCGAACCACACACUUGAAGAGGUUUUCUCUUUUUUGGGGGUUUUUGUUAUUCUCAUCUUUUUUGAUUUGCUGUCAUUUAGAAAGGCUUUUGAUCCUGAAUAGAUAAGGUGUGUUUAUUUUGCUGUUGGAGUUGAAAUAAUUGGGAAAUAUUUAAGCUUAAAUAGAGAGGGUGUAUUUGUUUUGAUUAAUUGAAUCACAUGGUUCACUCUCAGCUGCUGCGGACUAGGGUUUUUGCUUCUACCGAGAAUGCUUUUUUGAAGCAGCCUAAGGUGUUUCUUUGAAUGUGAGUAGCUGAAUGUCGUGCUGUUAAACUAGUCUUCCUAAUUCUCGAGUCUCUGUCUGGAGACUGGAGCCAUAUUGGUGUGUGAAUGCAGGUUGUAUUUCUUGAAUAUGUGCAGGUGCCUGUUUGUUUAAUACCCAUGCUGUCGGAGUGCGUCGACCUGCCCCAUGAUCUUGCUCUACAGAUAUGGUAUGUAUAAUUUAAGAGUAAAGAGAUGUCGAAAGUCAACAGCUUGUUGCUGGAGAAAGGGUUGUGGGAAUUUUGUAUUAUGUGAUGCAAACUUGCUAGGUGCGUCUCUGUCUCUCUCUCUCUCUCUCUAUUGCUAUGCACUGAGAAAUCAGUGUAUGCAUUUUCCUUAUUGCAUUUAGUCCAGGGUGUUAAGAAAGUGAUGUACAAAAAGAAAUUCAGUUCCCCUUGUUACUCGGCAUCAACGUUUGGCUCUCCAGAUGUCGGACUUAUACUUGUUUUUGCCAGUGGAAAAAUCGAGAUUAGAUCCCUGCCAGAAUUGUCUCUAGUGAAAGAAAGUUCAAUAAGAGUGCUCACAUUUUCGACUUCUAGACCUUUCUCCGUUUCUGACAUUGUAGUGUCGUCAUCCCUUGAUGGCGAACUCAUCAUUGUUAACGGCAAUCAGGAGUUAGUUUUCGUCUCAACUUUGCUUCAUGAGGCUUAUAGAUUCGUGGACUCGGUCUCCAUGGUUCUAAAGAAAAACCUUGUAAAUGCUCAAGGGCUCAUCUAUACACCGCCCGUGAAAGAGAAGAAGAAGGGCAUAUUUGCCUCUGUGAUAAAAGACAAUAAGAGUUCAAAAUCGAGGAACGGGCAUGAGGUGGAAACUGAAGAUUGCAGACAAAGUAUUGAAGAACUGUGUACCAUAUUUUCGACAUCCAACUUUGCAAGGGAGAUUGAAAGCGAGGAGAAGAAGAUUAUGAAUGAGGAGUUGGAUAUAGAUGACAUCGAGAUCGAAGAGCCGAAAGAGAGAGCGAGAGUGAUGGCAGGGCUAAAUAGACAGAAUAUUACAAAUACAUUUCAAGCAAUUAAAGGUAAGUGUGAUCCAGUGAAAAUUAGUGGUAGUUACAAGAGUUCUACUUCUCAGAGAAUAUAUGUUCUUUUAUUUCUAUUACAGGAGCUGGUCUGA